AGGAUGAAGCCUCUAAUCUCUGAGGUGGAAGAUUCAUUCAAGCAUCCAAGUGAUGCUCUGCCCGUGUCAUCUAUUCGAUUCUUUGCACAUUUAUGGCUCUUUUUGAACAUGAUCAAUGCUGCAAAUGACUUAACCCAGUCUACAUUAAUCAUUGAAAAGUACAUUGAAAUCCUCCAAAAUUCGGGUAACCGAGAGAUAAUUGCGUUAUAUACAUCAUUCCUUGGCCACGCUGCCAUCAAGAAAUAUGCCGACUUCCUUGCCGGCCUUCCUUUGGAUACUGCUCGUGCAGAGCUAGAAAGGUCGUUGCGAAGUGCAGCGUCGUACCAUCUAGAUGUUCGACUAGUGGCAGAAGAAGCUUCUAAAUUAUCAAGAGACCGUGCUGCAAAGUUAUUCCCACCAGAGGCAGCUCGUCUACCUUCCUUAUCCAAGACAAGCACCGAAGAGAAGUUGACAAACGGAGAAUUACACAUGAUCCGUGCUGAUCUACCUGACACCAUGAUCUCUUCGGCAAGCGGUGAUCACGGACACGAGCUUGAAUAUCUUCUUUAUCGGAAACUGUUUGCCCUAUGGGACCAAUUUUCUAUAUUGGAACAGAUGACGGCGACCGAACCCAGGGUCGUGUUGGAUGCCGAUGGGCGGGGUCACUGGAAGCGACGUCUUGAGGAUGGGAUUGAGAACCUAUAUGAGAGUGCUGUCGGUGUUAUGACUGCUGACUGGGGCGUGGACAGCGUGGGUCAAGUUGAAGGUCAGGAAGUCGAUGAAGGAGAUGAACAAGCAGAGCAACGAAUCACUGAAUUAAAAAAGCUACGGAAAUUGUUCAUACCAGAGAUCGCCAUACGACUUACGCGUCAAUUAAUUGAAGCCAGAAGCUAUGUUCCCAGCCGAGCCAUGGAGCUGGCCAAUCUGGUAGCAGAUGGAAAAGACAAGCUGCAUUUAGAUUUCGUGUACCAAGGUCAGAGCCGACUAGCCGAGUAUCUCAUGAUCGUCCGCGAGGCGAUUCUAGAAGGUAUGGAGGACGGUGGCUCAGAUCCACUGGUACCUGUGGUCUAA